GGAACAUCAACUCUUUGCCAUCUUUGAAUUGCCGAGCAACACAAAGUUAAUUGACAAUGCAGGUAUGAGUCCUGUGAUGAUAAAACUGUCGAAACCCCCGUACUUUAACCUUUGAAAUCUAUAACACAUCUCAUCUGGCUGAAAAUUAUCAACAUCAAAAAUCUUGUUGCCUCCGACAUGACCAAUUUUUUGAGCCUUCCCCGCGAGCUUCGCGAUCAAAUAUAUGGGCUUUGUUUACUGCGAGAGGAACCUUUCGACCCUUGGAUGGGUUAUGACCUACGGCAGGAGCUCACUAUUGGGCUCUUUCGCGUGAGCAAGACCGUCCACCACGAGACCAGCUCGCUGUUCUACACCCUUAAUCACUUCGACUUUUCCACAGCCACCCCCGGGGAAAUAGCAUUGUUCAUUACGGCAAUCGGCACCCACUCGAACUAUAUCCGACAUAUUCAUAUCAAUUUUCCACAGUUCCUCCAUUUAGAGCCUGGUAAUGUCACUCUCGAGGAUAGUCAUAUUGGCAUCCUUGCGAACAUCCAAAGCGGCUGCACAAAUCUAAGCACGGUUACGACAUCCCUUUGGAGCUCAAAUGCCAUGGAGCUUAAGCUCGAUGCACUAGACUACCCCAAGAUUGUCAAUGAGGCGCUGAAGCUAGCUGAUUCCCACUUCAGAGGCAUCCCGUCUCUACAAGAAAUUAUCGUCGAGCUAUACGAGGACGGUCCGAAUGAUCAUAUAAGAAGACAAAUGAAAAGCUACGGAUGGACAAUUAGGACAACAGAAAAUGUUGAAGAGGAAGAAUGGGAUAGGAACUGGAGUGAUGCUGGAUUUGAUGAUGACUAUGAUGAUGAUUAUUAUCAUGACAGUGGUGAUGACUAUGAUCCAUAUGAAUUCGACAAUGAUAGCGACUUUUGGAGAAGGGCGGGGGAUUGAAUUGCUUCUCUAUUGCAGUAUGGGCUGUAUGCCAUUUCGUUAGAGCACAAACUAAGAAAGGCGCACAGUUGUGAAUGGAAAGAGCAUCGACCUUGCUGUAAUUCAUAUGCCGCGGUCAAUGCUUCCGUUGAUGGCUCCAGCAUUGUUCUGUAUAACGAGCGCCGGGGGCGUGGCACUGACACCAGACCACAUGCCCAGCGUUGCAAGGGCCACUGUCGCGAGUCUGGAGAUUAUUUUGAGC